AUGACACAUCCGGUUAUCGUGAUUACUGGUGCUUCUCGUGGUAUAGGCCGUGCCGUAGCCGAAAUCUGUCUCAAGACUUUCAAUGCAAACGUGCUUGCGAUUGCACGAACUGAGAGUGAUUUGAACGCACUCAAGGCAUACGCCGAAAAGGAACUAAACACUAAUGAAAGAGUAGAAACUGUUGUUGGAGACGUUACAGAGGAGAGAGUCAUUGAUGAUGCAGUUGACAAGUGCUUGAAACGUUGGGGAAGGAUCGAUGGACUUGUUAUUAAUGCUGGUGUCCUCGAACCCAUGGCAACAAUUGCAGAUGUAAAUGUUGGCGAAUGGCGUCAGUCUAAAUCCGCUCUUAAUAUGUUAAUACGAUGCUUGGCAGUCGAAGAACCAGAUAUUGUGGCCAUCUCCAUUAGUCCAGGCAUUGUUGAUACUGACAUGGUGACAUUUAUUCGAACAGACGGAUCCAAAGUAAUGAAUGAGCAGGAUCAUAAAUGGUUCGUCGAUGUCCAUGCAUCUAAUCAAAUUUUAUCGCCCGAGGACCCUUCACAUGUUAUCGCUGCAUUGGUUGUUGGUGGCGCCAAAAAGGAGCAUAGUGGAGAAUUUUAUAAUUGGGAUGUUGAGGCAUUUGCAGGAUUUAUGAGGAAAAAGUAA